AUGCUGAUCCACAUCUGUCGGGCGCGGCGCCUGCUAAUCGCUGUUCUUCUUAUUAUCGGACUCAUAAUUCUAUUCUCUCGCGAUCAUGGUAUUCCUGAGCGGAGGUUGAGCGAUGGACCUGAGGAAGUCCUCAAUUCAACUCUCGGUUUCGGCAAAAUCUUCGUUGUAAACCUCCCAGAACGAACCGAUCGGCGGGACCUCAUGACCCUCGCCGCUGCCGUCACUGGCCUCGAUUUCACCUACAUCGACGGUGUCCGCGGCGCCAAUAUCCCCGAGAAAGUGCUCCCGCCAAGCCCACGGGAGAAGAAUGUGAACUGGUCUGGUAAGACGGGGAGUUGGAGGGCACACAUGAAUGUGCUACAAAGAAUCGUCCAAGAGAAUUUAACCUCUGCACUGAUCAUGGAAGACGACGCCGACUGGGACAUCCGUCUAAAAUCCCAAGCCCAAGCUUUUGCUCUCGCCUCCCAAGCCUACCUCCAACCCUUACAAAACGAUCCCUCCCACAACCUCGCGAGCCUUUUCCCGGCGCUCUCGAAAACCCUCCAAGAAGACGCCUACGUCCAAGAACUCCAAAACACACCGGCGACCAAGAAACCGAGCACAACAUCUUCUCCCUACGGAGACGACUGGGACGUCAUCUGGCUAGGCCACGUAGGAAGCCACCUCCCCUCCGACUGGACAUCGCGCGAACUAAACUCGAACCACGCCCCGCUGUCCCUCCUCACCAUCCUCAUUCCCAAUGACGAGACCGUAGCGGACAAGAGGCAUCUUAAACGUCAUCCGUUCGCAGAUCGUAUCGACGACUUCGCCGCGCGGUUCGAGCCCCAUACGCGCGUAGUCCACGAAGCGAGGGGCACUGCGGGAAUACAAGCGUAUGCCGUCAGCAGGCGCGGAGCCAGGAAGCUGCUGCUGAAGUUCGGUCUGGAGGAAUUUACGAGUAGUUACGAUUUGAUGUUGAGAGACUGGUGUGAUGGGGCGUAUGAGGGCGAGAGGCCAGUUUGUAUUACGACGCAGCCGCCUUUGAUGAGCCAGUAUUAUUCGAAGGGCGGGAGUGAUAUUCAUGGUAUUGGAGGUGGCUAUUUUAAGAAGUCGGGAUCCACGUAUAUUAGGUAUAGUGUCAUGUUGAAUCUGAGAAAACUAGUGGCGAGAAGGACGGAUGCUGGGCUGGCGCAUAUCGAGGGUUUGGCGGAUCAAUGGCCGGAUGAGGGAGCCAUACUCGGCCAUGCUCCGGACGCCGAAGAUUACCUGAACCAUGAUCUGAAGACCCGAUCAGAUCCGAACUCUCCAAACUAUGGAAACCAUCUUUCCCCGGAAGAAGUCCUCCAGUUCUUCGAGCCGAGCGAGGAUAGGGUCAAGGCUGUGACGGAGUGGUUAGUAUCGGAGGGCAUCUCUGCGUCGAGGAUAUCAAGGUCGCGCAAUAAGCAGUGGAUCCAAUUCGAUGCAACGGUGGAGGAGAUUGAGGCUCUUUUUUACGCGGACUUUCAUAUUUACGAGCAUGAGGAUACUGGGACCGUGAAUGUUGCCUGUUCUGGAUACUACCUCCCGGAGAGUGUCCGCGAUCAUAUUGACUACAUAACGCCUGGAAUUAGGCUUAUGCCGGAGGAUAGCUUGGUACAGCCCCAGCAGAAGAGGACUUACGAACGGGAGGUUAGCCCUAAGGACAAACAGUCUCGCUGGCGUCGGCAUCUCGGAUCAGAUGUUUUAAUAAAGGGCCGUUUGCCCUUUGCAAAUAAAUCGCCGGGGAAGUCAUGGAGCGGCAAAUCCAAGGCGGUCGCCGGCAGUGAAGGCACGAAUCAGCGCGACGGCGCCGAACCAGAGGUAGAGGAGCCGGAGGUCAUACCGCCUUAUAAUGACUGUAUUUACAGUGUCACCCCUGAAUGCAUUAGAGCCCAGUAUGACAUUCCUGAGGGAACCAAGAACCGAAGCGAUAACAAGCUUGGCAUAUUCCAAGGGCUCAACAUUCGGUAUUGGCAGGGAGAUUUGGACCGGUACUUUCAUGCUGUGGCACCGUGGGUGCCGAAGGGGUCACAUCCGCAGAACAAUCUCGUCAACGGGGCCAUCGGCGAAACCAGCAAUCGGUCUGAAUCCGGGGCCGAGGCCGUGAUGGAUUUCCAACUAGGCAUGUCUCUUGUGUGGCCUCAAGAAACCGUCCUCUGGCACGUCGAUGAUCCGUGGUACGAAGAGCAACAUACCCAAGAGCCACUCAUUUACAAGGGCUACUUUAACAGUUGGUUCCCCUUCUCCCUCUAUCCAGCCUACAAUCAAACGGGCAACUGCCUCGACCCCGAAUGUCUCGACCCAACCUAUCCCAAUUCCAAUCCAGGCGGCUACGACGGCCCCCUGGCAUGCGGAACGUUCGAGCCGACAAACAUCAUUUCGAUAUCUUACAGCGGCUCCGAAGCGAGUCUCCCCGCAUCGUACCUGAGGAGGCAGUGUGCCGAGAUUAUGAAAUUGGCCCUGCAGGGUGUUACGGUGGUGGUCUCGUCGGGAGAUUAUGGAGUGGGGAGCAAUAGGAGGGAUCCUCCACCGGUGGGAUGUCUCGGGGAGAAUUACGAUGUGUUUAACCCGAAUUUCCCGGGGAAUUGUCCCUACGUUUUGACCGUUGGGUCGACAGAGUGGAGGAGGGUAGAGAGCGAGGACGAUGAAGGCGAUGAGGGCGAUGAAAGGACCGGCCGCGGAGGACGGGGAGGAGACGAUGGGAGAGGCGAGGAAGAGGGAAGAGGCGGCGGCGGCGGCGACGACGAUGACGACAGGGGCACGAAGAAGCCAAACCUCGACCAACUCCAGCGCUUCACCGGCCCCUACGAAGAAACCGCCACGACCUUCUUCUCCUCGGGAGGCGGCUUUUCCAACGUCUACCCCGUCCCAGAAUACCAACUCGCCCACCAAAAAGCCUACUUCUCAACCCUGGCCGCUUCAAACAUCACCCUCGACGUCGAAGGUUACCACGGCGGUCGCACGGACUACGAGACCAUCGGAUCCGACGGCCUGAAUUUUAAUCUGGAGGGGAGAGGAUACCCUGACCUGUCAGCCAUCGGGGACAACAUCUACGUGGUGCACCGCGGACACCCGGUUCUCAUGAUGGGAACGUCGGCUUCGGCGCCGAUCGUGGCGUCGAUGUUGAAUUUGGUGAACGAGGAGAGGUUGGCGGUGGGGAAGAGUACAGUAGGAUGGGUUCAUCCAGUCAUUUACUCGCACCCUGAGAUAUUUGAAGAUAUCACCAAAGGGGAGAAUCCCAACUGCCUAUCAAGGGGGUUCCCGGCGGUCAAGGGCUGGGAUCCAGUGACGGGACUCGGGACGCCGAAAUAUCCAAAGCUGCUGGAGGUGUUCAUGAGUCUUCCUUGA